UCUUAAGUUUCCGGAAGCGCUAUGGAAGAUGCCAAAUUCCUUAGUUUGCUUGGGAGACAGAAGACAUUUUAUGACCAUGGGGAGGCUCAAAGUCCAGGGAGACAUGAGACAUCAAUCAAUAUAUGUAAGAAGAACACUGGUUCCGUCCAGAUAGGCGGGGACAACUCAAAGCAGGGAGGGGCUUCCAGGUCACAGGAAACCAAGAGUUGAAACAUUAAUCAUGAAUUGGGUAAAUGAGAGCAUCAUACAGGAGUUUAUUCUGCUGGGUUUCUCAGAUCGACCUUGGCUGGAGUUUCCACUCUUUGUGGUCUUCUUGAUUUCUUACAUCGUGACCAUCUUCGGCAAUCUGACCAUUAUUCUAGUGUCACACCUGGACUCCAAACUCCACACCCCCAUGUAUUUUUUUCUUUCCAAUCUAUCACUCCUGGAUCUUUGUUACACCACAUGUACAGUCCCACAAAUGCUAGUAAAUUUAUGCAGCAUCAGGAAAGUUAUCAGUUAUGGUGGCUGUGUAGCCCAGCUUUUCAUAUUUCUGGCCUUGGGGGCUACUGAAUGUCUUCUCCUGGCCAUCAUGUCCUUUGAUAGGUUUGUAGCUAUUUGUCGGCCUCUCCAUUACUCAGUUAUCAUGCACCAGAGACUCUGCCUCCAGUUGGCAGCUGCAUCCUGGAUUACUGGUUUUGGUAACUCAGCGUGGUUGUCCACCCUGACUCUCCAGCUGCCACUCUGUGACCCCUAUGUGAUAGAUCACUUUCUCUGUGAAGUCCCUGCACUGCUCAAGUUAUCUUGUGUUGAGACAACAGCAAAUGAGGCUGAACUAUUCCUUGUCAGUGUGCUCUUCCAUCUAAUACCCCUGACACUCAUCCUUAUAUCAUAUGCUUUCAUUGUCCGAGCAGUGUUGAGGAUACAGUCUGGUGAAGGUCAACAAAAAGCAUUUGGGACAUGUGGUUCCCAUCUAAUUGUGGUGUCACUUUUUUAUGGUACAGCUAUCUCCGUGUACCUGCAACCACCUUCGCCCAGCUCCAAGGACCGAGGAAAGAUGGUUUCUCUCUUCUAUGGAAUCAUUGCACCCAUGCUGAAUCCCCUUAUAUAUACACUUAGGAACAAAGAGGUAAAGGAAGCCUUUAAAAGGUUGGUUGCAAGAGUCUUCUUAAUCAAGAAAUAAGAAAUAUGCAAAUGAUAAGCUUUGCUAAAGACAAAAUGUUUACUUAGCUUACUAACUUCUCUGCAAGUUGCCCUAUUUUUCUUGUUACUGCAAAGAACAACUGUAAUCUCCCUCAAAUAAAAUGUCCUUGAUGAAGAACUAUAUUUACUUCUGUUGCCUAAACGUUUUCAUUGAACAAGCCCCCAGAAUUGAACUUCCAAUUCACCAAAAAUUGUAAUCACAACAUCUUCAAGGUUUGUCAAACAUCCCAUCAAUGCUUGUACAAUUCAAUGUAACUUAGAUCCUUAGAAAAGCCAGAAAUUCUUUCUCCAAUAUCACACACACACACACACACACACACACACACACACUAGUUAAAGGAGGCUCACUGAAACUCUCAAACCCCACCACUUCAAAUUUGGAACUGAAGUUAACAAUUCUAAUUUUAAAUUUUCCACUCCCACAUCAGCAUAAUAAGGAAAUCUAUAAUAAUUUUUAUUCUAAAAUUAUAACCAGAUUUUCCAUUUUCUUACCAUAUUUCUGUACUCAUGUUUUUCCUACUAAAUGAAAGCAUUCUUUUUACUUCCUUUGCAAAUCAAACCCUAGAUAUUUAUCAGGUCCAGCUAAUUUUCUUUUACAUGAAUUUUUCUUCAUAAUUCUCCCAACUAUCAAUAUUAUCUACCGUUCUCUUAAACCCUAAAGCACUUACAGUUUAGAUUCCAAAAUAGCACAUUAUGUAAUGAUUUCCAAAGAUUUCUUGUUUAGUACUUUUGUCUUGCGUAAUAAUUGUCUAAUUAUAUUUUAUUCUUGAGGGUACAAAAACUAUACCAUACAUUUUACCACAUCACCUUUAGAAGUCAUCGUAGUGCUGAAGAAGUAGCAUGCAUUUACAUUAUUAGUUGAUUCUUUUGGUUGUUGAGUGAUUCAUUUACAUGAUAAUAAUUUAACAA